UCCGCCCAGCCCCGCAGCGACCGAACGGCACGGCCCGCAGCACCAUGUCUGUCUCGGAGGAAGCUGACGGGCUCGGGGUGGCCCGGCCCCAUUACGGCUCUGUCCUGGAUAAUGAGAGGAUGACAGCAGAGGAGAUGGAUGAGAGAAGACAUCAGAAUGUGGCUUAUGAGUAUCUUUGUCAUCUGGAGGAAGCAAAGAGAUGGAUGGAGGCCUGCCUUAAUGAGGAUCUACCUCCCACAACAGAGCUGGAGGAGGGGCUAAGGAAUGGAGUCUAUCUAGCCAAACUUGGAAACUUUUUCUCCCCCAAGGUGGUGUCUCUGAAGAAAAUCUAUGACCGGGAACAAACCAGAUAUAAGGCAACUGGUCUCCAUUUCCGUCAUACUGAUAAUGUUAUUCAGUGGUUGAAUGCCAUGGCUGAAAUUGGCCUCCCCAAGAUUUUCUACCCAGAAACUACUGACAUCUAUGAUCGGAAGAACAUGCCACGCUGCAUCUAUUGUAUCCAUGCACUCAGUCUGUACCUGUUUAAACUGGGACUGGCCCCUCAGAUUCAAGAUUUAUAUGGGAAGGUGGACUUCACAGAGGAGGAGAUCAGUAACAUGAGGAGUGAGCUGGAGAAGUAUGGAAUUCAGAUGCCUGCCUUCAGCAAGAUUGGAGGAAUUUUAGCUAACGAACUCUCUGUGGAUGAAGCAGCAUUGCAUGCUGCUGUUAUUGCCAUUAAUGAAGCAAUUGACCGCCAAGUUCCGGCUGACACCCUGUUGGCAAUGAAAAACUCCAAUGCCAUGUUGGUGAAUCUUGAUGAACUGCUGGCAUCAAUCUAUCAGGACACAUUGUAUCGGGCAAAGAAGGACAAGAUGGAGAAUGCCAAAAAUAGGACUGGCUCUGAGAAUUCAGAGAGAGAAAGGGAUGUGUACGAAGAGCUGCUGACUCAAGCUGAAAUUCAGGGCAAUGUCAACAAAGUCAACACACAUUCAGCCCUAUCAAAGAUAGAUCUGGUUUUGGAACAGGGAGAUGCAUUAGCAUUAUUUGAAGUUUUGACAUCACCAGCCCUGGGACUCCGAGGAUUACAGCGAGAAAAUUGUGACUGGUAUCUCAAGCAGCUCUUGAGUGACAGGCAGCAGAAACAGGAGGCUGGCCUGGCAGGCCCCCUGCAGAAGGAGGAGUUGCAGUCUGGGGUGGAUGCUGCUAACAGUGCAGCACAACAGUACCAGCGAAGGCUGGGAGCAGUUGCAAGGAUUAAUUCUGCAAUCCAAAUGGGUAUUGCAGAGAAGACUGUGGCAGAACUUUUGAAUCCAGAGGCUCAGUUACCACAGGUUUAUCCAUUUGCAGCAGAUCUUUACCAGAGGGAGCUGGCAACUCUGCAGCAACAGAGCCCUGAAGGUAACCUCACCCAUCCAGAGCUAUCAGUUGCAGUGGAGAUGCUGUCGUCUGUGGCUCUGAUUAACAGGGCGUUGGAUUCAGGGGAUGUGAACACAAUUUGGAAACAACUGAGCAGUCCAGUUACAGGGCUCACUAACAUUGAAGAUGAGAACUCCCAGAGAUACAUCGAUGAUUUGAUGAAGCUGAAAGCUCAGGCACGUACAGGAGGGAAUGAGUUUAUCACAUGGAAUGAUAUCCAGUCAUGUGUGGACCGUGUGAACAUAGUGGUGCAUGAGGAGCAUGAGAGGAUUUUAGCAAUUGGGCUUAUUAAUGAAGCUCUGGACGAGGGAGACACCAGAAAGACCCUUCAAGCCUUACAGAUCCCUGCAGCAAAACUGGAGGGGGUAACCCCAAAGGUAGCACAGCACUACCAGGACACGUUGAUCCGAGCCAAGAGGGAGAAAGCACAGGACACUCAGGAUGAGACAGCUGUACUGUGGCUGGAUGAAAUUCAGGAUGGAAUUCAUCGAUCCAACAGGGACACAGAGGAGGCACAGAAAUUUUCAUUAGGAAUUCUGGCCAUUAAUGAAGCAGUGGUCCAUGGCGAUGUGGGCCAGACCCUCAGUGCCCUGCGCUCGCCUGAUGUUGGACUGUAUGGAGUCACUCCAGAGUGUGAUGAGACAUACCAGCGUGACCUGGCAGAAGCCAAGAGAGAAAAAAUGGCAGCAGGGGACAAUGGCAGUGAGUGGGUGAAGCACUGGGUGAAAGGAGGCUAUUAUUAUUACCAUAACCUGCAAACCAGAGAGGGACGUUGGGAUGAACCCUCAGGAUUUGUGCAGAAUAAUACCCAGCUCUCCCGGGAGGAGAUACAGAGCUCUAUCUCUGGAGUCACUGCUGCAUACAACAGAGAACAGCUCUGGCUUGCUAAUGAGAACCUGAUUACCAGGCUGCAGGCUUGCUGCCGUGGGUACCUUGUUCGCCAGGAAUUCAACUCCAGAAUGAAUUUCUUGAAGAAGCAAGUCCCUGCAAUCACUUGUAUUCAGUCUCAGUGGCGUGGCUACAAGCAGCGAAAGGAAUACCAAGAUCGCUUGGAGUACCUGCGAGCACACAAGGACCAAGUAGUGAAGAUUCAGUCAAUGACCAGGAUGUAUCAAGCCAGAAAGCGGUACAGAGAUCGUCUGCAGUAUUUCAGAGACCAUAUAAAUGACAUUGUAAAAAUCCAGGCUUUUAUUCGUGCAAAUAAAGCACGAGAUGACUACAAAACUCUCAUCAGUGCUGAAGACCCACCUAUGGCUGUGGUCCGGAAAUUUGUCCACUUACUGGAUCAGAGUGACCAAGAUUUUCAGGAAGAGCUUGACCUAAUGAAGCUGCGUGAGGAGGUUGUGACCCUAAUCCGAUCCAAUCAGCAACUGGAAAAUGACCUCAAUCUGAUGGACAUCAAAAUUGGACUGCUUGUGAAAAACAAAAUCACAUUGCAGGAUGUUGUCUCUCAUAGUAAGAAACUUACCAAGAAGAACAAGGAGCAGCUGUCUGACAUGAUGAUGCUGAACAAACAGAGGGGAGGUUUGAAGGCUCUAAGCAAAGAGAAGAGGGAGAAGCUGGAAGCAUAUCAGCACCUGUUCUACUUGCUUCAGACUAACCCCACCUACUUGGCCAAGCUGAUUUUUCAGAUGCCUCAGAACAAAUCCACCAAGUUUAUGGAUUCUGUGAUCUUCACGCUGUAUAACUAUGCCUCCAAUCAGAGGGAAGAAUACCUGUUACUUCGGCUUUUCCAGACAGCACUGCAGGAAGAAAUCAAAUCAAAAGUAGAUCAGAUACAUGAGAUUGUGACUGGAAACCCCACUGUUAUUAAGAUGGUGGUAAGUUUCAACCGUGGUGCCCGUGGCCAGAAUGCAAUGAGGCAGAUCCUGGCUCCUGUCGUGAAGGAAAUCAUGGAUGACAAAUCACUCAACAUCAAAACUGAUCCUGUGGACAUUUACAAAUCUUGGGUUAACCAGAUGGAGUCGCAAACUGGAGAGGCCAGUAAGUUGCCGUAUGAUGUUACACCUGAGCAAGCCCUGGCUCAUGAAGAGGUGAGGACACGCCUAGAUGCAUCCAUCAAAAACAUGCGGACAGUGACAGACAAGUUCCUGUCAGCCAUCGUCAGCUCAGUGGAUAAAAUCCCUUAUGGCAUGCGCUUCAUUGCCAAGGUUCUGAAAGAUUCACUACAUGAGAAAUUUCCUGAUGCUGGUGAGGAUGAGUUGCUGAAGAUCAUUGGCAACUUACUGUAUUAUCGCUACAUGAAUCCAGCUAUUGUUGCUCCAGAUGCAUUUGACAUCAUUGACCUUUCAGCUGGAGGUCAGCUGACUACAGACCAGCGCAGAAACCUUGGUUCCAUUGCAAAGAUGUUACAGCAUGCUGCAUCCAAUAAGAUGUUCAUGGGAGACAAUGCUCACCUAAGCAUCAUUAAUGAAUAUCUCUCUCAGUCCUAUCAGAAAUUCAGACGUUUUUUUCAGGCUGCCUGUGAGGUUCCAGAACUACAGGAUAAAUUUAAUGUUGAUGAAUAUUCUGACUUGGUGACUCUCACUAAACCGGUUAUCUAUAUUUCCAUUGGAGAAAUCAUCAAUACACACACUCUGCUUUUAGAUCAUCAAGAUGCGAUUGCGCCUGAGCACAAUGAUCCAAUUCAUGAGCUGCUGGAUGACCUGGGGGAAGUUCCCACUAUUGAGUCCCUGAUAGGGGAAGGGUCUGGUAACAUUAAUGACCCCAACAAGGAGAUGCUAGCAAAGACUGAAGUUUCUCUUACACUGACUAAUAAAUUUGAUGUUCCUGGCGAUGAGAAUGCUGAAAUGGAUGCAAGGACAAUCCUGCUGAAUACAAAGCGCUUGAUUGUAGAUGUAAUCCGCUUCCAGCCGGGGGAGACACUGACUGAGAUCCUGGAAACUCCAGCCACCCAUGAGCAGGAAGCAGAGCAUCAGAGAGCUAUGCAGAGACGGGCCAUUCGUGAUGCCAAAACCCCUGACAAGAUGAAAAAAUCUAAAUCUGUAAAAGAGGACAGCAACUUGAAUCUUCAAGAAAAGAAGGAGAAAAUCAAGACAGGCUUGAAGAAGUUGUCAGAGCUGGGAACCGUGAACCCAAAGAAUAAAUACCAGGAGCUAAUCAAUGAUAUUGCCAAGGACAUCCGGAACCAGCGCAGAUACCGUCAGAGGAGAAAGGCAGAGCUGGUGAAGCUGCAGCAAACUUACAGUGCGCUGAACUCCAAAGCCACUUUUUAUGAGGAACAGGUGGAUUAUUAUAAAAGCUAUAUCAAAACCUGCUUGGAUAACUUGGCCAGCAAGGGCAAAGUCUCUAAGAAGCCACGGGAGAUGAAAGGCAAAAAGAGUAAAAAGAUUUCUCUGAAAUAUACGGCAGCUCGACUCCAUGAGAAGGGAGUCCUGUUGGAGAUUGAAGACCUGCAAGUAAACCAGUUUAAAAAUGUGAUAUUUGAAAUCAACCCAACAGAGGAAGUAGGAGACUUUGAGGUCAAAGCAAAAUUCAUGGGCGUUCAGAUGGAAACAUUCAUGUUACAUUAUCAGGAUCUUUUGCAGCUGCAGUAUGAAGGUGUUGCUGUCAUGAAGUUGUUUGACAGAGCAAAAGUCAAUGUCAACCUCCUGAUCUUCCUUCUGAACAAGAAGUUCUAUGGGAAAUAAUUGGCAUCUCCCAGAGGAGCUAUGAAAAGGGGGAUGAAUGGAAAAACUGCAUCUCUGUUUCUUAAUAUCUUCUUUCACCUGUCAGAACCAAGGACACCUAUAUAUUGAUGUACCUCCCUCUGCCCAAACUACAAGUAUAAAGAAAGACUAGACUGUCAGUGAAUUAAUAAUCCUGACUGAGUCCACAGGGACUCUAUCUGUCUUACUGCUAUGAUCUUUUUUUCUGACUUUUCAGAUUCCUUGAGAAGCAUUUAGUUUAGAAUGUUUUCCAUGUACUAUUACAGUGGCAUUGGGGAUUAAACAGUUGUUAGAAUAUAUUUUGGGCUUCUGGGUGUAUUCUUUGCCUAAAUGUUUGGAUGGUGGGGCUUGAAUUCUUGUUACUUGUUGUAGAAGAAGAAGAAAGCUAACACAGCAGAGCAACCAGGUCUGCCUCUGUAUCUAGAAGCAGAACAGGAUUUCAGCUCAUAUUUAGACUCCCUCCCUGAAAUUCUAAGAAAACACAACAGGACAUCAACUUAGA